GCGGGGUUUGGAGGUCUAUUUGGGGUAUACUUGAAAUCUGUCCCAGAAUCCCCCUUUUGGCCUAUAUUGAAUCUUUGUAUGAAGAUGAUGAUGGAAAUUCUACUUACAAUAAUUAUCAACUGGAUGACACUAUUAUAGCUAAUGUCACCUCUAACGAUAGCUGGACUGCUAACCUCUUGACAGAUUUCAAUACUUAUAGAAAUUCUGAAGAACAAUCAGAUCUACUUUCUUUUGGAAUAGAAUAA